GUCUUCAUAAUUGUGGCAUUCUGUUUGCCCUCCCUGUGUUGGUUUUGAUUCUGGAACUUCAUGGUGAUUUUGGGGUACCUGCUCCAAAAUGAAUUAGCCCUUGGUUUUCUUGUAAAGUUGGCUAACUUUUUUUUAAAUUAGCGAGAGGCCUUUGUUCACGGUAUGUGGUCACCCAGAAACUGAGGGAGGUUCACACUGUCACUGAAGGUUGAGAAGUAAAGUAAGCUUUAAAUUCACUUACAACUUUGUAUGGACAGUACUCAUUUGGCUUUUCUGUUCUGAAGCUACUGCUCUGACAUCCCUAUGCUAUGCGUCGUAUCUGAGAGUUGAAGUGCAUGUAACCAAAUUAUCAUGCACCUUACAGGUUACAGAUCUCAACGUGUGAGAACUGCCAUUUCUGCGUGGCACCAAAAGUUGGUUGAAUCAGCUGCAUUGAAAGUGCUUAAAUACACCAUACAGUUUUUGGCAUGGCCGAGGAUGGUCAUGAUGUGCCUCCCCCGGAGAGCAAGUGGAAGUUGCCAGUCUUUGUUUUCUUCAAAGAUGCUAGGCUUGUUUUCAAGUUGGAUGCACUAGGAUUGGAGAUACUGCAGAUUGCAUUCCCCGCAGCCCUUGCUUUGGCUGCUGACCCCAUUGCUUCUCUAAUUGACACAGCAUUCAUCGGCCGUUUAGGUCCAGUGCAGCUUGCUGCAGUAGGAGUUGCCAUCGCUGUUUUUAAUCAAGCUUCAAAAGUUACCAUAUUUCCACUUGUUAGUAUUACCACUUCUUUUGUUGCUGAGGAAGAUACUGUUAGAAGAAUGAGCAGUAAAGCUGCCGAAGAGGAGGACUCAGAAAAGCUUUCAGCCAAAAACAAUGAAAUGAAAGAGUUGGUGCCCGAAGAUGUUUUACUAGAAAACUUGGAAAAAGGUUCAACCUCAAACCGUGAAAUGAAAGAGUUAAUAACAGAAGAAGAAGAGUUCGAAACAACUGCACACAAGUCUCCAGCCGUCACUAGUACCAGUCCGAAUAAGGCCAAAUUCAAAAAUGAGAAGCGUCAUAUCCCUUCAGCAUCAACUGCACUUCUUCUGGGUGGUGUCCUUGGCCUCAUGCAAACCAUAUUCCUUAUAUUUCUAGCAAAACCAAUUUUGAGUUUCAUGGGUGUGAAAUCUGGCUCUCCUAUGCUUAAACCGGCACAAAGAUAUUUGACUUUAAGGUCACUUGGUGCUCCUGCUGUUCUUCUUUCUUUGGCCAUGCAAGGGGUCUUUCGAGGAUUUAAGGACACGAAAACUCCUUUAUAUGCCACAGUUGCAGGAGACUUGAUGAAUAUAGUACUGGAUCCAAUUCUCAUCUUUGUUUGCCAUUUAGGAGUCAGUGGGGCAGCCAUUGCUCAUGUUCUUUCUCAAUAUUUAAUUUCACUGAUCCUCCUGUGUAAAUUAAUGAAAAAAGUUGAUCUCUUACCUCCAAGUGCCAAAGAUUUGCAGUUCAGUCGGUUUCUUAAAAAUGGUUUUCUAUUAUUGGCAAGGGUAAUAGCUGUGACAUUUUGUGUAACGUUGGCAGCAUCAAUGGCUGCGAGGCUAGGUCCAACACCUAUGGCUGCAUUUCAGAUUUGCUUACAGGUCUGGAUGACAUCAUCGCUUCUUGCUGAUGGUUUGGCUGUUGCUGGACAGGCUAUCCUUGCUUGUGCAUUUGCUGAGAAAGACCUUGAGAAAGCAACAGCCGCUGCUUCCCGAGUAUUGCAGAUGGGUUUUGUAUUGGGUCUGGGGCUCGCUGGAGUUGUUGGACUUGGGUUGCAAUUUGGAUCUGGAAUAUUUUCGAAGGACAAAAGUGUUAUCCACCUCAUAAGUAUAGGCAUUCCGUUUGUUGCAGCCACACAGCCAAUCAAUUCCCUGGCCUUUGUUUUUGAUGGUGUGAACUUUGGAGCAUCUGAUUUUGCAUAUUCUGCAUAUUCCAUGGUUCUGGUGGCUAUAGUGAGCAUUGCAUCUCUAUUCAUUCUCUCUAAAGGUCAUGGUUUUGUUGGAAUAUGGCUUGCAUUAACUAUUUAUAUGGGUCUACGCGCAUUGGCUGGGGUUUGGAGAAUGGGGACUGGAACAGGGCCUUGGCGCUUUUUGAGGGGCCAAUCGUUAGAAUAGGAUAUGAGGUUCAUAUGGUAUAGUGUCAUAUCACUACUGUUCUUACAUUUUGCUUCUUUUCCUUCUCCUUUUUACUGUCUUUUGGAAAUGUUUACUGGACAGACUUCUCUGUUCAUUUUAUUCACCAUCGUAUCUCUGUAUUAUGAUCAGCUGUUUACUUGACAGAUUUUUAUGUAUCUGUUCAUAU